AUAAAAUUGAAAGUCGCAUUUACAUUUUCAUCUUCCAUCUUCUUCUUCUUUUUCCCAUCUCUCUAACUUUCCCGGAAAAUAACAACACAUUUUCUCUGCAAUUUCGGAGCUUCCAAACAGCAUACAAGUUCAUCAACAGAGCCACACAUUCGUCACUGAUCGAGUUUUGGCAAUGCACCGCGUGGGUAGUGCAGGGAACACAAACAGUUCAACUCACCCGCGUAAGGAGAAGAGAUUAACAUAUGUGUUGAAUGAUUCUGAUGACACAAAGCAUUGCGCAGGCAUAAAUUGUUUGGCCGUACUUAAGUCUGCAGUAUCUGAUGGGUCUGAUUAUCUCUUCACUGGGAGCCGUGAUGGCAGGCUAAAACGGUGGGCACUAGGUGAGGAUGCAGCAACAUGCUCUGCUACCUUUGAAGCUCAUGUGGACUGGGUUAAUGAUGCCGUUCUUGUGGGUGAUAGUACCCUUGUUUCUUGUUCGUCAGAUACAACCCUUAAGACAUGGGAUGCCUUUUCCACUGGAACAUGUACUAGGACGCUCCGCCAACACUCAGAUUAUGUUACUUGCCUUGCAGCAUCUGAAAAAAAUAGCAAUAUUGUUGCCUCUGGUGGCCUCGGUGGAGAGGUUUUCGUAUGGGAUCUUGAAGCUGCACAUGCUUCAGCUGCAAAGUGCAUUGAUGCUACGGAUGAUGAUACUUCAAAUGGUAUCAAUGGUUCUGGGAACUCAUUACCAUUGACUAGCUUACGUAGCAUCAGCUCAAGUAACAGUAUAUCUGUGCACACUACUCAAAAUCAAGGAUACAUUCCAAUUGCUGCUAAAGGCCAUAAGGAAUCUGUUUAUGCAUUGGCAAUGAAUGAAGGUGGAACACUUCUUGUCUCUGGUGGUACAGAAAAGGUUGUGCGUGUUUGGGAUCCAAGAUCUGGAUCAAAGACUAUGAAACUAAAAGGGCAUACAGAUAACAUCAGGGCUUUGCUUCUGGAUUCUACUGGCAGGUUUUGUUUAUCAGGAUCUUCAGACUCCAUGAUAAGGCUUUGGGAUCUUGGUCAGCAACGUUGCUUGCAUUCAUAUGCCGUUCACACAGAUUCUGUGUGGGCUCUUGCUUGCACUUCAACAUUUAGUCAUGUUUAUAGUGGUGGUAGAGACUUCUCGUUAUACUUGACAGACUUGCAGACAAGAGAGAGCGUUUUGCUUUGCACUGGCGAACACCCUAUUUGUCAAUUGGCUUUGCAUGAUGAUAGCAUAUGGGUUGCAUCAACAGAUUCUUCAGUUCAUAGAUUGCCUGCUGAAGGACGAAAUCCUCAAAAGAUUUUCCAAAGAGGCAAUUCUUUUUUAGCUGGAAAUUUGUCAUAUUCAAGAGCAAGACUGUCACUAGAAGGAUCUACCCCUGUUCCUGCAUAUAAACAACCAACUUUAACUAUUCCUGGCAUCCCUGCAAUAGUUCAGCAUGAAGUUUUAAAUAAUAGGAGGCAUGUCCUGACAAAGGAUACUUCUGGUUCAGUCAAGUUGUGGGAAAUUACAAAAGGUGUUGUAGUUGAAGAUUUUGGAAAGGUUUCUUUCGAGGAGAAAAAGGAAGAGCUUUUUGAGAUGGUUAGCAUUCCUACAUGGUUCACAGUUGAUACUAGGCUUGGAAGUUUGUCUGUACAUUUGGACACUCCCCAGUGCUUUUCUGCAGAGAUGUAUUCAGUAGAUCUUAGUAUUGUGGGCAAACCGGAAGAUGAUAAGAUUAACUUGGCUCGAGAAACCCUCAAAGGGCUCUUGGCUCAUUGGUUGGUAAAACGAAAGCAAAGAAUGGGAAAUCCUAGUCCGGCUAAUGGGGAAUUAUUACCUGGAAAUGAUAAUGGUACUAGAAGUUUUACACAUUCAAGAAUCGAGGUUGAUGGAAAUUCUGAGAAUGAUGCUAUGGUUUAUCCUCCAUUCGAGUUCUCAAUCGUUUCCCCUCCUUCAAUUGUUACUGAGGGAACUCAUGGAGGUCCCUGGAGGAAAAAAAUUACUGAUCUUGAUGGAACUGAAGAUGAUAAAGACUUUCCCUGGUGGUGUCUGGACUGCUUAUUGAAUAAUCGAUUACCUCCUAGAGAAAAUACCAAAUGCAGUUUCUAUUUACAUGCUUGUGAAGGCACUCUCCAAAUCCACACUCAAGGGAAGCUAAGUGCUCCACGCGUAUUAAGAAUUACUAAAGUUAUUAAUUAUAUUGUCGAAAAGCUAGUUCUUGACAAAUCUUCGGAUAUUGUCAAUGCUGAUGUUAAUUUCCCCCCUGGAAUUGGUGGGUCACAGUCACAGCUCCAUGCAAUUGGGGAUGGAUCUUUCCGAUCUGGGUUGAAACCUUGGCAAAAGAUUAGACCUUCUAUUGAGAUAUUGUGCAACAACCAGGUAUUGUCUCCUGAAAUGAGCUUAGCUACAGUGCGAGCUUAUAUAUGGAAGAAGACAGAUGACCUGAUCCUAAAUUACAGAUCAAUUCAAGGGAGGUGACUGCAAAUUUCCCUUGCUUCAGUGGUGGUUUUAUUGUGAUUGUGCACAACACUUCUAAGCAAUGAUUCUUCUGGCAUGGCUGCUUUGCUCAAUGUCAUUGCAAGAGAUUUGUAAAUUCCAAGUCCUCAUUAAUCACCAAAUUUAAUGGCAUUAGAACCUGCUUGGAUAGAUUUUACUUCGUCAGAGCGAUCUUACUUACUAGUUUUGGAUUAUAUCUAGCUGGUGCAUACUCUCAGGUGUUGUUACUAUAACAUUUUGAAUUAUUUCUAGCUGGUGCAUAUUUUCAGUCGACGUGACCGGACUCGUGGACAUGGAUUAUGUCUCUGCAAGAUAAAGGUUUCCUAAUUUGCUCAUUAGUGGGGAUCAUAUGGGAUGUUUCCCAGGAAAUAGGUAGUAAAUUUAGACAUAACAACGAAAACAUUGUACAUUUAAAUUUUGCGUUAAAUACCUAUAGAAGGUACUUUUCUAACAGUGUAUCUCCAUUCUUUACAUCUUCGCCUGUUUUUUAUUUUUUCUUCUUUAUUUUAAAAUUUUGUUUAUUGUUAAUUGCAAGUAAUGUUAUAUUCGUUGUUUAGAAUCAGUCACAUCUCCCUGCCCUUGGAGCUGACUGUUCGGUCUUAAUGUCCUGGGUUGUGUUGUGGAUUUAUGGUCACAAAUUCUCAAACAAUGGAAGUUGCUGCUGUUAACUAGUGAUAAUUAUGGUUA